GAAGAAAAUUACGACAUUCUCGCCUGAAAGAUUUGUCACAGUUGCGGGAUUCCAUUCCGUUAAUGGCAACUACAUCCUCAGGCGUUAGUCUUAGUCUCUCUUCAUCAUCGAAGAAUUGCAUCAGAAGCGCCUUGUUCACUCAACCUCAGUUCUCUCUGAGUUUAAGUGUGAAUCCUAAAACUCUAAAUACUUUGAAACCACACAAAUUGUUUAAGAGACAUGAUACAUUUCUCACAAGAAAAUUGGAGAGAUCAUCGGGGAGGAGUUCCCAGUUGUUCAAAAUUCGAUGCGAGGCUUCUAGAGAUGGAAGGAUUACUCAACACGAAUUUACAGAGAUGGCUUGGCAAGCCAUUGUUUCUUCCCCAGAAGUGGCAAAAGAGAACAAACAUCAGAUAGUAGAGACAGAGCAUUUGAUGAAGGCUCUAUUGGAGCAGAAAAAUGGACUUGCACGUCGCAUUUUCUCCAAGGCAGGAGUAGAUAAUACUCGCCUUCUAGAAGCUACUGACAAGUUCAUUCAACGGCAACCAAAGGUUCUUGGUGAAUCAUCUGGUUCUAUGUUAGGACGUGACUUGGAAGCUCUGAUUCAGCGGGCCAGGGACCACAAGAAAGAGUAUGGAGAUUCCUUUGUUUCGGUUGAGCAUUUAAUACUUGCUUAUUCUCAAGAUCAGCGCUUUGGGAAACAAUUAUUCAAGGAUUUUCAAAUUUCUAAGCGGACCUUGACCUCUGCCAUUGAGUCCAUAAGGGGACGCCAAACUGUAAUUGACCAAGAUCCGGAGGGCAAGUAUGAAGCAUUAGAAAAAUAUGGAAAGGAUUUGACAGCUAUGGCGGAGGCGGGAAAGCUUGAUCCAGUUAUAGGAAGGGAUGAUGAGAUACGAAGAUGCAUACAGAUCCUAUCAAGGAGAACAAAGAAUAAUCCAGUACUAAUUGGGGAGCCUGGUGUUGGAAAAACUGCAAUUUCUGAGGGGCUUGCCCAGCGGAUAGUGCAAGGUGAUGUGCCUCAAGCUUUGAUGAAUCGUAAGUUGAUUUCCCUUGACAUGGGUGCACUUAUUGCUGGUGCAAAAUUUCGGGGAGAAUUUGAGGAUAGACUGAAAGCUGUACUAAAGGAAGUGACUGAAUCUGAAGGGCAGACAAUACUUUUUAUUGAUGAGAUCCACACGGUAGUUGGGGCAGGUGCCACAAAUGGUGCCAUGGAUGCAGGGAAUUUGUUGAAGCCUAUGCUCGGUCGUGGAGAGCUACGAUGUAUUGGUGCAACAACACUCGAUGAAUAUCGUAAAUAUAUUGAGAAAGAUCCAGCCUUGGAGCGUCGGUUCCAGCAGGUUUAUGUUGACCAACCUACGGUGGAAGAUACAAUCUCUAUACUACGUGGGCUACGAGAAAGAUAUGAACUGCACCAUGGAGUAAGAAUUUCUGACAGUGCACUUGUCGAGGCUGCAAUUCUUUCUGAUCGUUACAUUAGUGGACGCUUUUUACCUGACAAAGCCAUUGAUCUAGUUGACGAGGCAGCUGCAAAACUGAAAAUGGAAAUCACAUCCAAACCAACUGCCCUUGAUGAGAUAAAUCGUUCUGUAUUGAAGCUGGAGAUGGAGCGGCUUUCCCUCAUGAAUGACACUGACAAAGCUUCAAAGGAUCGGUUGAAUCGCCUUGAAGCAGAACUCUCUCUCUUAAAGAUAAAGCAAUCAGAGCUGACAGAGCAAUGGGAACACGAGAAAUCAGUCAUGACACGCAUUCAAUCAAUUAAAGAAGAGAUUGACAGAGUAAAUCUUGAGAUUCAGCAAGCUGAGCGGGAGUACGAUCUUAAUCGUGCAGCUGAACUGAAGUAUGGGAGCCUCAACAGUUUGCAACGCCAACUCGGAACUGCAGAGAAAGAAUUGGAUGAAUAUAUGAAUUCGGGGAAGUCAAUGCUAAGGGAAGAAGUAACAGAGAAUGACAUUGCAGAGAUAGUCAGUAAAUGGACUGGUAUUCCCGUCUCAAAACUGCAACAGUCAGAGAGAGAGAAGCUUCUACAUUUGGAAGAAGAGCUGCAUAAACGUGUUGUUGGUCAAGACCCAGCUGUGACUUCAGUGGCAGAGGCUAUCCAACGGUCUCGAGCUGGCCUCUCAGAUCCUCACCGUCCCAUUGCUAGUUUCAUGUUCAUGGGUCCCACUGGAGUUGGCAAGACUGAACUAGCUAAGGCUCUUGCUUCAUACAUGUUCAAUACUGAAGAAGCCCUAGUGCGGAUUGAUAUGAGCGAGUACAUGGAGAAGCAUGCUGUCUCAAGAUUAAUUGGGGCCCCACCUGGUUAUGUCGGUUAUGAGGAAGGUGGACAGCUUACAGAGAUAGUUCGUAGGAGGCCAUAUUCCGUUAUCUUGUUUGACGAAAUUGAAAAGGCUCAUUCUGAUGUGUUUAACGUGUUCCUUCAGAUUCUUGAUGAUGGGAGGGUGACCGACUCACAGGGUCGCACUGUGAGUUUCACAAAUACUGUCAUAAUUAUGACUUCAAACGUGGGGUCGCAAUACAUUCUCAACACAGAUGAUGAGACCUUAUCAAAAGAUGCAACUUAUGAAACCAUAAAGGAGAGGGUGAUGGAAGCUGCUAGAACGAUCUUUCGUCCCGAGUUCAUGAACAGGGUUGAUGAGUACAUUGUUUUCCGGCCUCUGGACCGCGAGCAGAUAAACAGUAUCGUUAGACUACAGUUGGAGCGUGUACAGAAAAGAAUUGGGGACCGGAAGAUGAAAAUUCAGGUAACAGAUGCAGCAGUUCAGCUUUUAGGGAGUCUUGGAUAUGACCCUAACUAUGGUGCCAGGCCAGUCAAGAGAGUGAUCCAACAAAAUGUUGAAAAUGAGCUUGCAAAGGGUAUCUUGAGAGGAGAGUUCAAAGAUGAAGAUACAAUCUUAGUAGACACAGAGGUGACAGCUUUCUCAAAUGGCCAGCUCCCCCAGCAGAAACUAGUCUUUAAGAAAGUAGAUCCUCGUUCAGACAUGUCAGAAGCAGAAGGUCAGAAAGCCUUCUCACAGACUCUCUGAUCAUUUCUCAUUCUCACCCUAGAUCUCUGGUAAAGCUUGUCCUUUAAGCAGCCGAUUCAUACUAGUUUCCCCCAAUAUGCCGGUUGCCCCAGCGAUAAUUACCUUGGGCUUUGUUAGCCA